UAGCUAAGCCAAGCUAUCCAAUGAUAAUGAAAGAUGGAAACGUAUUGCAAAGCUCUACAACAGUUGGUCCUUUCAUCGAAGGAACUACUCUAUCACUUGAAUGUAGAAGUACUGGUGGAAAACCUGCACCGGAAGUGACGUGGUGGAACGGGAGUGAAAGUCUUCCUUCUAGAUUGAGCACUACUGAAGACGAUCUAGGAAUUAGCAACGUAACAUCUUCAACUCGAUUUGUUCUUUCCCGAGGAGACUUAGGGGCUAAGCUGAGGUGCAAAGUAAAAAACAAUGCAAUCACCAAAGAGCUGGUAGCUUGGGUAGAAGUUGAUAUUCACGUUAAACCCUCUUCACUAGAGAUAGAAGGACCUCCAGGUCCUGUAGUUGCAGGAGAUACAGUUUUGCUCACCUGCACUAUAGAGGGUGCUAAGCCUUCGGGUAAGGCUACUUGGUAUAAUCAAUCGAAAAUAGUAGAACCACAACCUCACUCAAGCUCCGAAUUAAUGAGUGAUGGUACUUUCAAAACAGUUAGUCAACUUGAGAUCAGUGUUUCUAGGUUUGACCACCAGGGAACGUUUUAUUGUAAAGGAACUAAUCCCGUGGUACAGCAAAAAGGAGAUGUUCCUCUCUUGAAGUCAACAGAUUUGGAAAUCUUAUAUUUACCGGUUGUGGUGGCUCAACCAGUUGGUGGUUUAAUCGUUAAGGAGACCAAAGAGGCCAAGUUUUUCUGCUCCUUUGACGCCAAUCCGUCCAACAUUACUGGUGUCACUUGGUAUAAAGAUGGUGUGGAACUAGUUAACGGCGAAGACCAAAGGCUAGAGGUCAGUGGCUCGGAAGUUCCUACACUGACCAUUCGCAAUGUGUCCCGAACUAAUCGAGGAUUAUAUCAUUGUAGCCUGAGAAAUACUAUUGGUAUAGGGAAUGCAACCAAUGCAGUUGACGUGAACGUCCUUUACCCCCCCGUCGUUCAGGUAAUUCUUCUCCCAACUUCUGUCAACGAAGGUGACAAUAAGAGUGUAACACUGGUGUGCGAUAUUGUGGACGGAAAUCCACAAAACUUAAUUCGAGCUCGAUGGUAUAAAAACCAAGAACGUCUCGACGAACUUACAGAGAAAGAGAUUAUCUGGCAGAACCUCAAGAGGAACUUCACGGCUAAUUAUUCGUGUGAAGGGGAGAAUUCCGCUGGCUGGGGCGACCGUUCAGAGCCGAAGGAGUUGAUUGUGAACUAUCUUCCGGGUCCUACAACUGUGAUAGAACAAAGUCCUCCGGCAGUUAAAGGUAAUCCUGCUAGUUUAGAAUGUAUAGUAGAAGAUUUGGGUCGUCCUCCGGCUACUGCUUUUCGUUGGGAACACUCCAGCAAAGUUCUUCCCGUUACGAUCCAGAAGCUGACUAUUGCGUCGAUGGAUAUUAACACCAUCGGGGAUUACACAUGUUCAGCAGUGAACGCUGUUGGCGCUGGUCCAGCGGGAAAAUUCUAUCUCUCUGUAGAAGCACCUCCUGCAAUUAUUGAUUAUUUACCAAAGAUGAAUGGAGUGCCCUAUGAUGCCAAAACUAUCAGCAUGUUUUGUAGAAUUGAAUGUGAUCCACUUUGUGAAGUAGAAUGGUUUAAAAAUGAAGAAAGCAUCAAAGAUUCGUAUUUAUAUUCAAUUCAAAAGUCGAUCUUACCUGCAGAUGAAAGCAAAGGCUAUUUCACUUCUGUUGUCAGUACCCUCAAGUGGAAUAUGACAGCUUGGCCAGGGGGCAGCCUUGACCGUGAACUCGACAACGCCAACUACACGUGUGUUAGUAGUGGAAAUAAUGCAGGGCCUGGAGUCAGUACAUCCUCAGAAUUUAGAGUAGAAUUUCCUCCUGAAAAUGUUACAGUAUCUGUGGAACAUAUAGACAUUUUGGAAGGAGAUGUUCCAGGUAAUAUUAACUGUUCAGCAAUAUCCUGGCCUCCCAGCGAGUACAAAUGGAAGUUCUCCAGUAUAAUUAUUGGACAUUCUUCUCAGCUUUCUCUUAAUUACUCUAUUUCCCGAGAGAGGGCGGGAACCUACGAAUGUGUGGCUAGUAACCGACAUGGCAAAGCAGUGGCCAACACUGUGAUUAAUGUUAUGUAUAAUCCGAAAUGUACAAUUUACCAAGACGGAGAAACUGUUAUAGUGUGUCAAGCUGAAGCUAACCCUGAUAUUGUCGAUUUUACUUGGAUGAAGAACAACGAAACACUGGGGGAUCAUUCUGUUGAGGAGACAACUAGAAGCAUUCUGGAUCUGGGAGAUUCUCGACUAGAGCACUUUGGGAAAUAUUACUGUAUCGUUAACAACAGUAUAGGUGAAUCGGUUCCGUGUAUGUUAGAACUCACAGGUGUGGUUGGUACGGCAGGAUGGGGACCAGGUUUUGGCGAUGAAAGUCUGAUUAUUAUAGUCGCUGUUGUUGCUGCUAUUAUUGUUGUAUUCAUAAUCGUAGUCACUAUCAUUCUAAUGAUAGUAAGAAGAAGGACUCAUGGCUCUGGCAGUCCAAAAAAGAACACUUACGAUGGUGACCCUGUGUACCAAAAUGCAGAUAGAAAGGAGAAUGGAUCGCCAGUGGCUGAACCAGAAAAUAAGCCGAUGUAUGAGAAUAUGACUUUUCACCAAAAAAGACCCAAAGGGAACCCCUCUUUCCUUACUAAUAAUGAAAGUAUGGCCUGUGAUGAUUUGUCUUUGCCAAAUAGUGGUGCAAAACCUGUCUUUAGAAAACAUACACCCACCUUGACGUUCGCCAAAGAAGGGAAUUACAUAAAUGAGACCUUUCAGACCAGACAUAAGUGAUGACAUGCUAUAUGCUGAUAUGUAUGAUGAUGUAAAACUGGGUAAGAUUCCGGAUCCACGGAUGAAGCCUCCACUGCCCCCAAAAGGGAUCGGCAAGGAACCCAAAGAGCCACCCCUUCCUCCAAAGACAAAAAGGA